AUGGCGCCUGCAACGAUACCGACGAGCAUUGACGAACUCCCUUCAAAGGAGGAAAUUAAACAAGAAGUCAAGGAAUCAGCCAAAGGCGCCCUCUCAGGAUUGAGAUCCCUAGCUGCCGGUGGUGUUGGCGGCGUAUGUGCCGUCAUUGUCGGCCAUCCCUUUGACCUGGUCAAGGUCCGCCUACAAACCGCAGAAAAGGGAGUCUACUCGGGCGCCAUAGACGUGGUCAAGAAAACAGUUGCCAGAGAAGGUCUGGCCCGUGGCCUGUAUGCUGGUGUCUCUGCGCCUCUCGUCGGGGUCACGCCCAUGUUUGCGGUCAGUUUCUGGGGAUAUGAUACGGGCAAGCGACUGGUCGAGACUUUCACGACCGUGACCGUCAAAAACAACACGCCUCAGUACAGCAUCGGUCAAAUCUCCGCGGCAGGUUUCUUCUCCGCCAUACCCAUGACCUUGAUCACUGCGCCUUUCGAACGAGUCAAGGUCCUCCUCCAGAUUCAGGGCCAGAAACAACUCGCUCCGGGCGAGAAACCCAAGUACAGCGGCGGUCUCGAUGUCGUCCGACAAUUGUACAAGGAGGGUGGCGUACGAUCCGUCUUCCGUGGAAGCGCGAUGACGCUUGCCCGAGACGGUCCUGGCUCAGCCGCCUAUUUUGCAGUUUACGAAUAUGUCAAACGCAGUCUGAGUCCCAAGGAUGCUGAAGGCAAUGCGACCGGCGAACUCAGUCUGCCCGCCGUCAUGACCGCUGGUGGUGCUGCUGGUGUAGCUAUGUGGAUUCCAGUUUUCCCCGUCGAUACCAUCAAGUCGAGACUACAGUCCGCAGAAGGAAGACCGACGAUGAGUGGCACGAUCCAAAGUGUUUAUAGAAGUGGUGGUAUCAAUGCUUUCUUCCCUGGAUUUGGGCCCGCGUUGGCCAGAGCCAUCCCGGCCAAUGCCGCAACUUUCGUCGGCGUGGAAUUGGCGCAUAAGGCCAUGAACACCAUUUUUGGAUGA